CUGAACAAAUCUCCAGCCUUGCGCAUCGCUAACAUCACGACCCUGACAAUCAAACCCCUCGACUUCUGAAUUCCAAAGCAUACUCGAAGUGUCAACUCCUAAAAUCACUCGGCUCAUGGCAUAUUGGGCUACGCCCAUUUCGCUUCCACCUGCCCAAGCGCAACAACCUCAAGAAAUCGCAAGAUGCCGGCCGCUGUCACAUCCAAUCGGCAUCAGAUGCCUGGGGUAAUCGCGUUUGCCGAGCUGCUCGACGACCUCUUGGCUCGCUCAAUGGAAGUCAAAUCUACCCCCACGAUCGAGCCCGCAUUACAGAAGAUAGACUUCGGUGAUCUGGACGAUCAACUUGCACGCGUUCUCACGACGCCAGAGCAGCAAAAUGGAACCGAAAUCGCGACACAGAACAAGGCCCAGCAGUUUGCAACCAUUGAGACUGCAGUGCGGAACAUUUUCAGCAACUUGAUUGCCACCACAUCCAUCGAGUCCCCGGAUUUCGUCAAGGUCUGGAACCUGUUCGACCUCCUCACCAUCCUCUCCGAUGACGAAAAGUGCGAUCCGGCCCUCCUUUUUUGGCUGGUGGAAGAGCUCUUAGACAGCCAGACAAUCGCUGGAUGCCGCAAGAUUUUCGAUUUCCUCGAAUCAAGACGCGAAAGAAUAACCGUGAAGCACUUUAAGCAGAAGCAGUUGGUCAUUCUGCGCAGUUGUAACGAACUGCUGCGACGCCUGUCUCGUGCUGAGGAUACGGCCUUUUGCGGCCGGGUUUUCAUCUUCAUGUUUCAGAGCUUUCCCUUGGGUGACAAGAGCUCUGUCAACUUGCGAGGAGAAUACCACGUCGAGAACGUCACCGUAUUCGACGACACAGGCGUCAAGACAGACGAAUCGACAGAGCAGAUGGAUAUAGACAGCCAGAAUGGUGUCAAAGACGGCGAAGUGAAGUCUCAGGCAAAGGCCGUUUCAUUCGAUGCGAAGCAACCGACACAGCCUGACCAACCGCUUGACCCUGACGCACUGUAUCCUCAGUUUUGGUCACUCCAGGAGACUUUUAGUCAGCCCAAGAAGCUAUUCGAUCCUUCCCACUUGGCGAACUUCAAACGUGGGCUUGAAGCAACCAUGACUUCUUUCCGGGCCAUACAGAACGAACAAGGCCAGAGACCACCCAAAGCAGUUGAUGAGGCACAGAGAGGUCUAAAGAGGAAACGAGACGAUGUGGAAGGAAGUGACCUGGCAAAUUCCUACAAUCCCAAAUACCUCACCAGCCGGGAUCUCUUUGAGCUUGAAAUGAGCGACAUUUCCUUCCGCAGACACAUACUUGUUCAAGCCUUGAUCAUCAUGGACUUCCUUCUCUCUUUAUCAAACAAGACGAAAGAAAAACUGGCUGGCAAUGCCCAGAACAAAUCGGUCAUCUACCUUGGCCAGGUUCUGAGCGAAGAAGACACCAAGUGGGCUUUGGAGAUGAAAAGGACAAUUGUUGAUAAAUACCUUAAGCACGGCGUCGAUGGCCCGUACUUCAGCCGCAUGGUUGAGACGGUCCUCGCCAGGGACAAGAACUGGAUCCGUUGGAAAUCCGAGAACUGUCCGUCGAUCGAGUUGCCGGCAGUGUCUCCUGAUUUGUUCGUCGAGGCCAAAAAGGUUGCUCAACGUACGACAACGAAGAAGCGUCUGAGGGCCAUGCCGAUGGGCUCACUGCCCCUUGGCUUCCUGGAAGACGGCGGUGACGAAACUGCGAUGCAGAAGCUCAAGGCCGAGGAAAGAUACAGUCUGCCAGAGCUUGGAAUUUUUAAACGGAAGAUUGCGGAUGACGACUUCGAGAUUGAUAUGCCGACAACCAACCAAACCAAGGCCGCCGCGAUUGAGAGCAAAGCCAGCAAAAGUUGGCGAGCCCUCCGGAUAGCGAGCAAAUCAAGGUUGGCCCUCUUUGAUAAGAUAGACGACCCAGAAAAGAUCGACGCCGUGUUUGAAGAGCCGGUUGAUGUUGACGAAGGUGAGGCUGCUGCGGAGGAAGAGGUAAACAAUGACAAUGUCCCCGAGGACAAGCGGCCAAUCAUCAUAUCAGGACCGCCUGGGGCCGGCAAAGCGACUAUAUUCGGUCUUCUCGCAGAGCGGCGUCCAGGCGCGUUCACGCGUGUGCCUCGGCAUACCACAAGAAAGCCGCAAGAGGGUGAAGUCGAGGGCAAGGACUUCUACUACGUCGAACCGCAAGCUUUCAACAUGUUGAGGGACGGCGAUGCGUUGUUAGAAUUCACGACUAUCGACAAGGUAGACUACGGCACGAGUCGCAAGGCCGCAGAGGCGGCUGCCGAGGGUGGGAAGGUCCCCAUUAUGUAUAUGGACGGCGAGGCUAUUCAGCAAGCACGGGAACUUGGCUAUUCGGCACGAACCAUCCUCGUUUUGCCACCAAGUCUCGAUAUACUGGAGGAGCGUCUCAGGAAGGCAGAGAAGGACGAUGAUGCCGUGCAGAAGGCUCUCGCCCAAGCAGCUCCUUAUUUUGAGGCCGAUUCGAAGCUGAAAGGGGAAUUCGAUUUAAUUCUUACCAAUCAAGAGCUGGAUGCUACCUUCCAGGCUUUUGAGGGACACGUAUACGGCACCUCUGAGGCGACACUCACAAAUGGCAAGCUGGAAGGCGAGACGAUGGAGGACGCAGAUGAGACCAUGGUUGAUGUGGCGAGCGAGCAACUACAGGCAUCACAGGCACCACAGGCGUCGCAGGAAGCCCAAGAUCCGCAGGAAAGUAAGGAGAACGAAGUGGUUGCGGAAUCCACGGAACCUAUGGAAGUAACACAGACUGAAGAGGCUGGCGAGACCAAAGGAACUCCGGAGGCAUCUUAGUGUCAUAGCCCAGGGGUGGAACGCGGGUGCACGCCGGCCCUCAGAGAGAUCGAAUCACACAUAGCCACGUCAGGAAUUGGUAGAGAUGCUUGAUACCCCGGAUUUUACACUCCAUUCCCCCUGAUGUGGAGAUAAUCAGAGAUGACCUACAUUGACCAUGUCGCUCUCAUACUACUUACCACAAAAUCUAACACUUUGUCACUCACCAACCGACCGGGGAGGGGGGUUCAUUCGCGUUCCGUUCCAAGCUGGUAUCAACAGUAUGUAUUCUAACUGUAAGCGGGAACGGGUGUCCACCCACUACGCUUUUCUCGGCGCGCGAAGAGAUAUUGGUAUGAAUAUAUACGUACGUCGACUUUGCGUACAAGAAAGAGCUACAUCAAGGGCAUUGUCUACGUAUAUCCACCGGGCUCCAGGCACCAAUGACCCGAACGAUCCCACAUCCUCGCCCU